CCCCUCGCCCGCUGGCAGUAACUCGUGACUGUGGGCAGUGGGAGCUCCGCCGCUUCAGCGCUCUCUGAUUUUAUGAUCAUGGGGUCAGAGAGCUAAACCCCGCCGAACCCGAACCCCGGAACCGGUACCGGACUCAGACCCGGACCCGGUCAGGAUGUGGAGAGUACACGGCCUGCUGGGCAGAGUGCUGAGCCGUUGCCAUGGGAACGGCCCGUUGCGUAUCUCGAACGGUCAUCAUGUGGAGGACUCCUCCACGGUUCUCUCCGGCGGCCGCCACGGUCUGGACAGCAGUUCUCAGAGAGGAGAGGAUGGAGAGCAGAAGAAGAACCGGAGGAGGAGAAGAACCUCACAGUUCUGCUACGCUGGACUCGCCCGGUACUCUGCACUGGAUGCAGUGGGCUGGGGAGCUGCGGCGGUUCUGUUCAUGCAGCUCUGCAGGAGGAUCCACUCUCAGUUCUCAUCAGUGGGGGAUCAGAACCCGGGACCGGCCCGCCUCAGAGAAUCCGGCCUCAUCCACAAGUGCAGCUACAGGGUUCUGCUGGACAUCCUGUCCCGGCGAGACGUGCUUCCCGGUGGAGUGAGUGUGUUGUUUCUGAAGGGAGCGCUGCCGAGUCCAGAUCAGCGCAGCAGCAGUGAUGGAGAUGCUGGAGUUGAUGGUGGUGUAGAUGGUGUUGAAGGUGGUGCUGAUGGUGUUAAUGGAGCUCAGAACUUCAGCAGCAGCUCAAAUACAGAACCGUCCCCCGACCUGCAGCCUUCCCACCCCCACCACCACCAGCAGGGGGUGACACUGAGCUACAGCGCCACAGUUGAAAGCUCUGCUGAGUUUGAUGUUCUCGGAGCUGCAGGGCGGGAUCAGUCGGAGGAGAGCAGAGCGAGAGCUGCCGGUUUGGACGAGGCCGUGCAGAACCUGAGAGAUGUGAUGGACCACAGCGUUCCCAUAAUCCUCAACAUCAUGGGGUUGGAGAGUGUGAAGGUUGGUGAUUAUGAAACAGCGUUUGAGUGUUUUCUGGCGUCGGCUCAGCAGGACUACAGUAAAGCCCAGUUUAACACUGGAGUGUGUUACGAGAGGGGCCGGGGGGUCCACAAGGACCUCAGCAAGGCGCUGCAGUAUUACAGGCGUGCAGCUGCAGCCGGACACCGUCAGGCUCAGUACCGCUGUGCUAAACUCCUGCUGAACAGCAGGGGGCGCUCUGACUCCGACACCGCCACCGCUCAUUCUCUACUGCACAAAGCAGCAGCAGCUGGACUCACUGAGGCUCAGCUGUAUCUGGGGGUGGUGCUCUCGGAGGAGGCGGAGUCUGAUGGAGGGGAGUGUGUGCAGUACUUUAGGAUGGCAGCAGAGAGUGGGGACAGUACUGGGCUGCUGUUCCUGGGUCAGUGUUAUGAGCGAGGGCUGGGGGUUCCUCAGUGUUUCAGCUCAGCGCUCAGUCUGUACCAGCAGGCGGCGGCUAAAGGAAACCAGAAGGCCAAGAACACACUCCGAGACCUGCACAGCAGAGAGGUUCUGCGCUCUAUCCGUUCCGCUCCGUGUCUCUCCAUUCUGGAUCAGCUACAUUUGACUGCCAUGUUUCCACAAGUGUCGGAAGAAGCAGGGCCUGCGCCAAAGCAGCAGACUAAUUGGCCCACGCAACCACUCCCUCAUUCGUGGAGCACAGGCGAUCUGUUAGCUCCGCCCCCUUUCCCUGUUGGGGAUGUGAACUCUAAUGGAAGCAGUGGAGGCUGGAUUAUAGGGGUGGGAUAAACACACACACACACAAACACACACACACACACACACACACACACACACACACACACGUGCCCUAUAUAUAAUAUAUUGUAGAUUAUCAAACAAUUUAGAACGCACAAAGAUAAAAGAACUUUAUAAGGAGUGAGAGAGGGAGAACGCGAGAGCAAGCGAGUGUGAGUGAGUGAGUGAAUAAGACUGAGCCAGUGUGAGUAAGCGAGUGAGAGUGCGCGAAAGUGAGUGAGAGCGAGCGAAUAAAAGUGACUGAGAAAAGCAAGCAAGUGAAAGUUAGCAUUAGUUUUUUAUUGAAUGUGAGAGUGAGUGAGUGUGCGAGAGAGAGAGAGAGGGUGAGAGAGUAUUAGUUUGUGAAUGUGAGUAAGAGUGAGUGAAUGUGCGCGAGAGAGACGAGAGAGUAUUAGUUUGUGAGAGAGAGUUUAUUAUUAGUUUAUUUGUUUUAUGAGGGAAUCGGGACGCCGUCCUUUACAUGCUGGGUGUGUUUGAAUGUAGGGGGGGGUUAUUUUAUAUAAAAUCAGUGACAGAUUGAGGUUGGAAUUGUUUGUGAAACCACUGCAAAUACGAGCUGAACACCAUUUUUGUACGUUUUUAGUGUUAGCUUUUUCUUUUGCUUUUUGUUAAUUUGUUUAUUUGUUUUGUGUUAAAGACUUUACUCAGUAGUGCUGCCAGUAAAAUAAAAUAAAUUCAUCUGAAUGGGGGCGAUUGAGAAUCUGCUGUUAGCUAUAGUUAGCAUUGUUUGGGUGAAGUAUUCAUUAUAUUACACAAAUUAUAUGCGAACUAUUAGGCGUAUAUCUGAAAACACUGUGUAAUGGUAAAGUCUGUAGCUUGUGCCAAAGCUUCUAUUGUGUUUUUUUUUUUAUUGUCAGUGUUUAAUUCUUUCUUGUUUUUGUAAUUUUCUGUUCACUGUCCCAAAAUAGUGAUUUUUUUUUGUAUGUUAAAAGGCGCUUAAAAUACAUUUAAUAAUAAUAAAAAAGUAUUUUUAUAUGUAUUCUUCAUCCUAAAUGUGGCAUCUAAAGGUAAAUUACUUUUUUUUCUAAUGACCAUUAUUCCCAAAAAUCCUCAAAUAAGCAUCUCGUCUUUACUUCAAUAGAGAUUAUGUAUUUAAAAGUGUAUUUUCCUUGGUUUGGGAAUGUAUGUAAACUCCUGAAGCACUAAUGGCUGUUAGAUGCACACUGUUCAGUCCUGUUUAAUUGUGAAUAAACAAACUUUUUCUACCAUAA